AACUGGCUCCGGGCUCUAUAACGCCAGCGCUUCCAAGUAAACUUUUAGCGUGUUCCGUCUGUCGCGCUCCACUUUUCGGCUUAUUUUGAGACGCUAAGGGAAGUCAGAACCACAUUCCUGAGCAGCAUACAUUUUCCGGAAACCAAAUAGCGUGGAGAGACGCGGGACAAACCGGCGUGAGAGGUCGGAGAAAGGCCACGGAUGACCCAGGGAUUGUUUAUGUAUCAUCGGAUCUCGUACAACGAGUUUAGUAGCUGCAGACUCCAUAAAUUGAUCCCUAAUAAUGAGUGGACAUCCGCCGCCACGGCGGCAAGCAAAUGUCGGCUCCCUGCUUCUGACACGAGAGGAAAAUGACUGCAUUUUCAACUACCUUGGCAGGAAAUGCAUCGCUUUGUCCUCCGCAGUGGCUCAGGUGUUCACAGCAGACAGAAAUGGCAGCUGGAGCAAAAAAUGCUGCGGGGUGGUCUGCAUGGUCAAAGACAACCCUCAGCGGUCGUACUUCAUCAGAGUCUUGGACAUCAAGGACGGUAAGAUUAUGUUCGAACAGGAGCUGUACAACAACUUCUCCAUAAACCUCCCCAGACCUUACUUCAUCACAUUUGCUGGAGAUUCGUCCCAAGUGGGUCUGAACUUUGCCAGUGAGGAGGAGAGCAAGCGUUUUCAGAGCAGCCUGUCUGAGCUGCUGGGGAGAAAACAAAGGAAAACCGAGAAGAGGCGUGACCCUCCAAAUGGACCCUCGUUGCACAUGGCUACCAUCGACAUCAAAAACCCAGAGAUCAGCGGCAUUCAGCGUUCUCACAACGCUCAUAUGAACAACUUCUCAGCCCCUUCCUUCCCCAGGAGGAUCAAGAAGGACAAAGGGAACAACAAGAAGAAGAAGCUGACAAAGGCAGACAUCGGCACACCCAGCAACUUCCAGCACGUCAGUCACGUGGGAUGGAAUCCAAACACAGGCUUUGAUCUGAAUAACUUGGACCCGGAGCUGAAGAAUCUGUUCGACUUGGCUGGCAUUUCUGAGGCCGAGCUGAAGGACAGGGAGACUUCUAAGGCUAUUUAUGACUUCAUUGAGAAGAAUGGCGGCGUGGAGGCCGUCAAAAACGAGGUACGGAGACAAGGUCCGCCCAGGUGGAGCGCUCCUCCGCCACCUCCACCCAGAAGCGGCCCCCCUCCCCCACCCCAGCAUCACAUCUCAGCUCCUCCACCUCCUCCAUCUCGGGUUAUUCGUGGCGCCCCACCACCGCCUCCUGUCUCCAGACCUCCCGUCUCUGCACCCCCACCCCCACCUCCACCUCCAUCUCGACCGGGCUUGUCUGCUCCACCGCCUCCCCCGCCUAACAGAGGCGGCCCCCCACUUCCCCCCAUGCCAUCGCAUGUCUCCAUCCCUGUGGCCCCACCUCCACCACCUCUUCCGCCUUUGGCUCCUGCUAGUAAUGGUGCACCUCCUCCACCUCCUCCGCCCCCUGGACCUCCACCCCCUCUCUCCUCGGAGGCUAACGGAGGAGACAAGUCGGCUCUGCUGAGUCAGAUCAGGGAGGGGUCCCAGCUGAAGAAGGUGGAGCAGAGGGAGAGGCCCGUGUCCAGCAGCGGUAGGGACGCACUUCUGGACCAAAUCCGACAAGGAAUCCAGCUGAAAUCUGUCGACGACAACAUCGACUCCGCACCCGCCACGUCCGCCCCUACAUCAGGCAUUGUCGGGGCGCUGAUGAAGGCAAUGAAAGACAGAAGCAGGGUUAUUCACUCUUCAGAUGAUGAUGACGAUGAUGAUGAGGAAGACUCUGAGGAAGAAGAUGAAUGGGAGGACUAGUGACUUUGCUUUCCCCAACCCUCCGAUGAUUAUGACACAAAAAAUUGAUCUCGUUUUUCUGAAAAGAAAUAUUUGAUUUCAAAACUGACAAAUAUAAAUGUUCU